GGCAGCGGGGCGUGGGGCGGGGUUCCUGCUCUCACCUCCCAGCUUGCAGCUCCCGGCUUCUAGAAGGUGAGAGGGAGUUCUGAGUUGGGGACGUUAUUCUCGGCUCCCUUCCUUGGAAGACACUUCAUGGCCUUCGGCUUGAAAACUGCCAAAAAUUGUAUGAACAGACUGAUCCGGUCAAGGCCUGGCAGUGGUUUGACCAGGCCAUUGAACGCCAUGGGAGUCAGCCCUUCCCUGGGGCUCCCACCUGUCGCCGGCCCCCAUCUUGUAGGCUGUGGAGAUGUGAUGGAAGGCCAGACUCGCCAGGGGAGCUUCUUCCGCCUCUUCUACCCCUGCCAAGAGCCCGAGGGGGAAGUUGAGCAGCCCCUGUGGAUCCCCCGCUAUGAGUACUUCGUUGGCCUGGCUGACUUUCUGCAAAUCAAUAAGCGCUGGGGGGGGAUGCUAUUCAACGUAGCGAUGGGAUCCUGCCGUCUACCCAUCAGCUGGAAUGGCCGCUUUAAACCACAGGGCUCUGGGUACCCAUUGAUCAUCUUCUCCCAUGGCUUGGGAGCCUUCAGGACUGUGUACUCAGCGUUCUGCAUGGAGCUGGCGUCUCGGGGCUUUGUGGUGGCCGUACCAGAACACAGGGACCAUUCUGCUUCGGCUACCUACUUCUACAAACGUGCAGUGGGGGAGAGCUGCCCUCCAGCCGAGUCACUGGAGGAGGAGUGGAUUGCCUACCGGAGGGUAGAAGAAGGGGAGAAAGAGUUCCGGAUUCGUAACCCCCAGGUGCAUCAACGAGCUAAUGAGUGUGUUCGGGUGUUAAGGAUCCUGCAGGACAUUACCAUGGGCCAGAAUGUCUCCAACAUCCUGCCUGGAGGGUUGAAUCUAAAGACUCUGAAGGGCAGCAUCGACCUGAGUAGGGUGGCAGUGAUGGGACACUCAUUUGGAGGGGCAACGGCCGUUCUAGCUCUGACCAAGGACAUCCGUUUUCGGUGUGCCAUCGCUUUGGAUGCCUGGAUGUUUCCCCUGGAACACAACUUCUACCCCAAGGCCCGAGGUCCUGUCUUCUUCAUCAACACUGAGAACUUCCAGACAACUGAGAGCAUCAGCCGAAUGAAGAAGGUCUGUGCCUGUCACAGUCAGACCAAGAUCAUAACCAUGCUUGGUUGUGUUCAUCAGAGUCAAUCCGAUUUCACUUUUGUGACUGGGAAUCUGCUCGGUAAAUUGUUCUCUACCCAAACCCGAGGGAAGCUGGACCCAUACAAGGGUCAGGAGAUCAUGGUCCAGGCCAUGCUGGCAUUCCUACAGAAACAUCUUGAGCUGAAGGAAGAUUACAAUCAGUGGGACAGCCUCAUCGAAGGUGUUGGACCAUCUGUGGCCCCUGGGGCCCCACAACAUCUGAGCAGUCUCUAAAGACAUUGGCCAUCUGGUGACCGGUGACUUGAGCCAAAUUUCUCUUUCCGUUUGGGUGGGGUUGACCCAAAUUGCCAAAUUCGUGGGGCGUCCAUGGUCUCUUGUUGGAAAACUUCCAACAGGGCAGUUCUGGACAAGAGUAAGCAAUCAUGCUGCUGAUUGAAGGAAUUGAGCACUUUGAUUUUUGACUUGCUGAUUUGAAACUCACACUUAGAACCUGGAGAUCCCUCAGAACCAGACAGUGGGCAGAUGUGAAAUUCUGGAGCCUUUUACCCUGAGGGCACAUGGAACAGCUGGGUGGGCCAGGCACCUGGGGCCCCUCCACCUCUGUAAGGAAAGGUGUGACUUCAGGGCAGGACAGAGCCCUCACAUCUGGAGAGGACUUGGAAGAAAAUCCAGAGGUUGUCUCAUCCGUCCUUCUACCCCAUGCAAGAAUUCCUGAUAUGCAGCUCCCUAAAUGCUGCUCGAAUGCUUCCCAAAGCAACUGUGCCAUUUUUAGGCAGCUCUCGUUUUCUUAAAUGGAAAUGUUCCUUUUUCUGACUUCCUUCCAUUCAUCCUAGUUCUCUCCUCUGGAGUCACCAGAGUGGGUAUAAUCCUCCUCAUUCUGUGGGUCUCCACCAGAACUUGCUUUAGGCUAGUUGGUUGAGACACUAUACACAGAGGCCUCUGAAAGUCCCUGCUUAUUCUCCUUCCGUGUUGCCUGGGCCCCAAGAAAGCUUACUGGGGAGCACAGUCACUGGCUAAAUCUGACACUGUUUCAUGUAUUUGAGAACACUGUUUUCUCCAACCACAGACAACAUUGCUCAAGUGCCCUGAGGGACUUUGAGGGGCUGACUAGUCCAUUCUCUUUGUCUUUGGAAAAGACUGUCCUAAUCCAUGAGCCUCAGACUGGGCUCUGUCCUGUUUUUAAUACCCAAGGGAAGGAAACUGGUCACUUUCACAGGGACUUUUGUCCCUCCUCCUUAACCCCUCAGAUUCCACCUCAGACACUUCCUAGCCGUGGGACACCGAGCAAGCCACUUUGCUCUUUCUGCUUUACUUUAUCAUCUGUAAAGUGAGGGUGUUGGCCUCAAUGACCUCUAAGAUCCCUUUCAGUUCUAAGUCUUUGAUCUGUGACCUUAUUCCUCUCCAACGACAUUUGAUGAGAUCAGAGCACUUUCAUUUCUGUACUGUGAGUUCCAGAAGGGGCUAGAUCACACCAUAUACUAAAUCUGCACAAUGGUGAGCCCGGUGCUGGGCACACAGUUGCUUGAAAAUACUUAAUGAAUGGACCCUGGGCCACACUGUUUCAGGUGGGGAGGCACACAGAGAAAGGAACUGAAGCCUGGGGGGUUUGGUGUUUCAGUGCUCUUGGGUUUCUCCAGGGCUUUGUUAAUAAUAAUCUCAGCUCAGGAGGAGGGUGAGCCCAGGACAAGAACAAUAGUCUUAUUAAGCAUCUCCUUGUGCCAGCCACUGGUAACAGAGGCCAGUUGGUUCACUUGACUCUCUGGAAGAGGCUGGGCAGCAACCUGCAUUUUCGUUAGAUUUGGGGGGGUGGGGCCUGGACCUUGCUGGAAUAGGUCAUGAUUGACGUUGAGGUGCCAUCUUGCCCAAAAGUACCUUAGGUCUCUGAAGGCUAUGGAAUAACUUAUAAGCACAGACUCCAUUUUUUCUACUGUGAUCUGUCCCAUGCUUUGGUGUUUGGGAAAUCAUGCUAAGAUGAAGACUCAUGUAUCUGCCAAAUGAUAUAUAUUGUAAUAUUCUCUUUGAAAUCUGCAUUAAACCAAGAUGGAAAGCCAUCUGGACCUGG